ACCAACCACCAUCUGGAUUUUACAAGGUGUUCUUAAACUACAACUCAAAGGACCUUAAAUCACUACUUGCCUCAUACUUGGAUUAUUCCUUUUCUUUCUUCUAAAAAGGAAAAAUGAGCUGGUCAGGAGGAGAUUGGAUGUGUAAUGCUUGCAAGCACAUAAACUUCAAGAAGAGGGAUGCAUGUCAAAAUUGUGGAUACCCUAAGAUUGGAGGUCCUGAUCCAGAAACCUAUAGAUAUAACUGGACUGAAACCUUAGCAGGUGACUGGUAUUGCAGUGGUAUGAACUGUGGAGCUCACAACUACGCUAGCAGAACAAGCUGUUAUAGAUGUGGUGUAUUGAAAAAUGGUUACUCUAGUGGAUUUGGUGGGAACAUGGAAGCUUCUGACUGCAAUUAUCCCCCUGGAUGGAAAACUGGUGAUUGGAUUUGCACUAGAUAUGGGUGUGGAGUGCAUAAUUAUGCUAGCAGAACUGAAUGCUUCAAGUGCAAAACACCCAAAAGUUUUGGUAAUUCAGAUUAAAACAAGAAUUUCAGCUCCUUCACAUCACAGCUUUCUUCUGCAAAUAACAUUGUAUCUUGUGCUCCCAAUGUCUGUCUUGAGUAAUCAUGGACAAAGGUCCUUUGUUAGCAUCACUAGCAAGUUUUUGAUUUUGUUGUUGUCCUAGAUGUUUUGACAAGAAACUAAUGAAAAUCAAAAUAUA